UCUCCAUCUCCUUUCUUUCCUACCCACUAUCUUCUUCUCUUGGUAUAGGGUUGAAUUAGGGGUGUUUGUGUUUUUUGACAAUGGACUUGUGUAAUGAAGUCAAUGCUGGCUCUAGGACUCUUUUCUUUUCUUUUACCCUCUUGUCUCUUCUACCCUCAAACUAUACCUAUCGUGUUUUACAUUUCUUAUCUUGCUCAUCAUCUACGGAAUGGCUGUUCUGAAAGCCUGCAAAGUGUUUCUUUUUGGUUGGUACUACGGAUUCUAAGGGCCGUGUUUUUUUUCCUUUUAUGCGAACGUGGACUCGUGCAUGUAUGCUUUAAGGCAUUUCAUUUGCUUCAAAUUUGUAGACAAGCUUGUAGAUAAAAUGCAUCGGACACCAAAGCAUCAUUGAUUAGGGAGUAGAAUUGAGUAAAUAGAUCCCAGAGAAUUGAACCGUAUGCAGUGAAC